AUGUCGAAUACACAGGCAACAAAGCCAUCAGUCUUGAUCGUGGGAGGAGGGCCGGUAGGCCUCAUGACGGCCAUUGUGCUCUCGUACAACGGCAUCCCCGUCCGCAUUAUCGAGAAGAACACCACGAAUCGCCCUGGACAGAGGGGCGCGGGCGUCCAGCCCCGAAGCCAAGAACUGUACUCGUUCAUCGGCAUCUUACCGGAGCUCCAGAAGCUAUCCCGCCCCCUUAUGCAAAUGCACCUGUACCAGCCCAGCGACGGCGGCGCCCCAAGAGACGCCCACUUCCUCACGCCGGUCGACCCCACCCCAGCGUGUCCGAUUACGCGGCCGCUGUCGCUCGGGCAGUCGCGUUCCGAGCCCAUCCUGCGCAAUUUCCUCUUGAGCCGUUUCGGUGUCGCGCUUGAGCUCGCGACGGAGCUGACCCACUUCGAGCAAGAUGCUGAGGGCGUGUCGUGCCACAUCGUGAAGCGCUCCGUGGACGGGUACAAGGUCGAGGAGGACGUCCGCGUACUGUACGUCGUCGGCGCCGACGGCGCACGAGGUGUUGUCCGGAAGGCGUUGGGCCUAUCUUACGAAGGGCAAGCUCUCGAGCAGCAUAUGAUCAUCGGGGACGUAAGAGUGCAAGGGCUUGGACCCAAUCCACAGAGCCGUUGGCAUAUAUUCGGCAGCUUUGCCACUCAAGGGCUAUGGCUUCGUCCGACGGAAUGGGACACACCCGACUUGUACCAGAUUAUUGGCAGUGGACCAACCGUCGACGCAGCGGGCUUGACGGCGGAUUAUCCGAAGCUAGCUCAAUGGAUCCGUGAGGUGACGCAGUUGGAGGGCCUCACCAUCAACGUCGAAUGGGCAUCGGAGUACCGUGCAAGUAGCAGGAUGGUCAACAAGUUCUCGGAAGGAAGGGUGUUCGUGGCCGGAGAUUCUGCACAUAUACACCCCCCUGCUGGAGCGCAGGGCAUGAACUCGGGAGUGCAAGAUGCUUACAAUCUCGCGUGGAAGCUAGCCCUCGUGUUGAAGGGCCUCUCCCCGCCCGCCCUUCUUGCGAGCUACAGCGACGAGCGCCUCCCGGUCAUCAGCGAGAUGAUCAAGCGUACGACGGCCAUGUUCAAUCGGGUCUCGAAAGAAGGCGUGGACCGCGGCGUCAACGCCGACUCGGCGUUGUACAUGCUCGGCAUCAACUACCGCUGGAGCGGCGUCGUCGUGGACUAUCGCGGGUCGGGGGGCGAGGAGGCUAAAGGGCAUGCGUACCUCGGCAAGGGCGACGGCGUGCAUGCUGGCGACAGGGCACCCGACGCGCCCGGUCUCACCAUCGCUCACGUCGCGCCCCAUGGUUCGUUGCCAGAGCUGAAGGCGGGGGAGGCGACGUCGCUGUUCAAGUUCUUCACGCCGGCGAAGCAUACUGCGCUCGUUUUCCUUCCAGAGGACGCGGAAAGGUCGGCUGUGGGCGCCGCGCUGAGAAGCUUCCCGCCCGGGACCCUGCAGACGCUGGCCGUUCUUCCGAAUGGCGUCGGCCAUGGACCAUCGCAGGGCUCCGCGGAGGUGGACGUGACGCUGGUGGACGCCCAGGGCCAUGCAUUCUCUGGGUAUGGAAGCCAGGGGGUGGGGAUAACGUUCGUGAUUGUUCGCCCUGACGGGUAUGUUGGAGCGUACGUGCGGGACGCGGCGGGAAUUGAACGGUAUUGUGCUGGGGUCUUCGGAGGGAGUGCACAGUGA